GCUCCCUCGAAGGUGCAUCAAAACGUUUCUUCACAGAUUUCUUGCAAGACUUGCCUACACCCGGCACUGGGGGACCCUCAUUCGAUACAACUGUGCAAACGAAUAUUACGGGUUUGGUCGGCAAAACAGUGAAGCUUACGUGUCGCGUAAAGAACUUAGGAAAUCGAACAUACAGGCUUAAUAAUAAGAAAUCGCACCACACAAAAGUCGCAUCCUGGGAGCGUAUCCGAGAGCACAGCAUGAACACUGCGGAUUUCGAAUUGUUGCCGGAGUGCAAGUUGGCUGUUGGUAGCGCUGUUGGCAACGGAUAUGUAACAACAACAACCAGUCUGACGCCACGGCGCACUAUGGGACUACAGCGGCCAAAA